CCUGGAAGAAUCAAGAACUUGACAAUUGUUUGUGCCACUGAGCAUACUGUUUCUCUAAGCUGGCAACCACCUGAAGGAAACCGUAGUGUCUACAUUUUUAGGAUCGCCCAAUUUCCAACUUUUAGCAGCUUCUUAACUGUAGAGAAUGUAACAAGUGACAAUCUGACCCCUGGAAAUUUCUAUACAUUCUAUAUUUCUGCUGCUGUUGGUGACUAUUUUGUAGAGGGGUACAGCACCUCCAUAUCUACCUACAUGAAACCUGGAGAGGUCCAGAACCUUACCACAUACAGUAUCACUACCACUUCUGUAUCCCUAACCUGGCAGCCACCUGAGGGCAAUUACUUGGCUUAUCUGGUCCAGAUCCUGGGAAAUUCAACCUUUGGCAGAAAUGUGACUUCAGAGUUUACUACAGUUGAUGGCCUGAUACCUGGAAAUUGUUACAUGUUCCAAGUUACUGUUCUUGUUGGUGAUAAAAAAGGAGAAAGUGCAAAUAAGACUAUCUGUACAAGGCCUGCUAGUGUGAUCCUGCAAGAUAUCUCUAAAGUAAGCAACAGCUCUAUAUAUGUGAGCUGGUUUCUAUCAGAAGGUAACAGGAGUGCCUACCUGGUUAAAGUGGAGGGAGACCCAUCCCAGAGUUUCAUUGUAAUGUCAGAGUCUGUAAUUAUCACAAACCUAACCAGUAGGAAUCAGUACACUGUGAAAAUCACUGCCCUUGCUGGGGAGAACGACCUACGAGGAAUUAGCACUGAUAUUUCAGUACUUUUAUUGCAAAACAUCAGUGCUACAUACAUUUCCAACACCUCAGUGCUAUUAUCAUGGGAACCUAUUAUAGACUUGAACAUUUCCUAUAAAAUAUCUGUUUAUGGAUCACCAACAAGUUAUCUCACCCUGACAAAUGCAACCUUAUUUAUUGAUGACUUAACACCAGGAAAUUUCUAUACAAUACAAAUUUCGGCUUUUAAAGAAAACAUGAUUAUUUAUGGCUAUGGUGGUGACAUUUCACUCUAUACAAGACCAAAUGCAGUCACUAAUACGCAAUAUGGGAAUGUAUCUACUAACUCUGUGGAACUGAGAUGGCUGCAGCCAGUAGGCAAUUUCAGUUUCUAUAGGAUUGAGGUGACAGGAGAUUCGAAAUGGCAAAAUCUGACAACAAACUCAGAGUCAGUGACAAUUGAUGGACUCAAACCUGGAAAUCAAUACACAUUUAGAAUUGUGCCAAUUACUGGACCUGAUGUGCAAGGUGAUGCUUCUGAAAUAACAGUAUUUACAAAACCAGGAAACGUCCAGAACCUGAUCACAUACAGCACUGGUACCACUUCUGUAUCCCUGAGCUGGCAGCCACCAGAGGGAAAUUGGUGGUCUUAUCUGAUCCAAAUCCUGGAAAUUUCAAAUUUUAGCAGAAACGUUGUCUUAAACUAUGCAACAGUUGACGGGUUGACACCUGGAAAUUAUUACACAUUGAUUGUAACUGCUCUUGUUGGAGAUAGGGGUAUCAAGGGAGAAAGUGCAAACACAUCUACCUACACAAAACCUGAAAGUGUACAGAACCUGGCCACGUACAACAUCAGUACCACUUCUGUAUCCCUGAGCUGGCAGCCACCAGAGGGAAAUCACUCAUUUUAUCUGAUCCACAUCUUGGAAAAUUCAACUUUUAACAGAAUGGUUACCUUAAAUGCCACAACAAUUGAUGGGUUCACACCUGGAAAUUAUUACACAUUCAUUAUAACUGCCCUUGUUGGUGACAGCGACAUAAAGGGAGAAAGUAUAAACACAUCUACCUAUACAAAACCUGGAGUAGUAAAGAACCUGACCACAUACAGCAUCACGACAAGUUCUGUAUCUCUGAGUUGGGUACCACCAGACGGAAAUGCUAGUUCUUUUCUGAUUGAAGUCUUAGGAAAUUCAAACCUUAGCAAAAAUGUUGUUUGCAAUUUUACAACUAUUGAUGGCUUGACACCAGGAAAUCUUUACAUAUUCAUUUUAAGUGCUGCUGUUGGAGAAAGUAAUGUGAGAGGAGACAGUGUAUAUACAUCUACCUACACAAAACCUGAAAGGGUACAGAGCCUGGCCAUGUACAACAUCAGUACCACUUCUGUAUCUCUGAGCUGGCAGCCACCAGAGGGAAAUCACUCAUCUUAUCUGAUCCAAAUCCUGGAAAAUUCAACUUUUAACAGAAUGGUUACCUUAAAUGCCACAACAAUUGAUGGGCUGACACCUGGAAAUUAUUACACAUUCAUUAUUACUGUUUUUGUUAAAGAUAGUGGCAUAAAUGGAGAAAGUACAAACACAUCUACCUACACAAAACCUGGAGAAGUCCAGAACCUUACCACAUACAACAUCAGUACCACUUCUGUAUCCUUGAGCUGGCAGCCACCAGAGGGAAAUUGCUGGUAUUAUCUGAUCCAGAUCCUGGAAAAUUCAACCUUCAGCAAAACGAUUACCUUAAAUGACACAACAAUUGAUGGCUUGACACCUGGAAAUUAUUACACAUUCAUUGUAACUGCUUUUGUUGGAGAUAGUGGCAUGAAUGGAGAAAGUGCAAACACAUCUACCUACACAAUACCCGGAGAGGUGAAGAACCUGACCACGUACAAUGUCACAACUAACUCUGUAUCUCUGAGCUGGGAAACACCAGAGGGCAAUACAAGUUCUUUUCUUAUCCAAAUUCUUGGAAAUGUAAACCUUAGCAAAAAUGUGGCUUCCAGUUUUACUACUAUUUAUGGCUUGACACCAGGAAAUUUUUACACCUUCAUUGUAAGUGUACUCGUUGGAGAAAGAAAUGUGAGAGGAGAGAGUAUAAAUACAACAACCUACACAAAACCUGGAGAAGUCCAGAACCUGACCACAUACAAAAUCAGUACCACUUCUGUAUCCUUGAGCUGGCAGCCACCAGAGGGAAAUUGCUGGUAUUAUUUGAUCCAGAUCCUGGAAAAUUCAACAUUCAGCAAAAAGAUUACCUUAAAUGACACAACAAUUGAUGGCUUGACACCUGGAAAUUAUUACACAUUCAUUGUAACUGCUUUUGUUGGAGAUAGUGGCAUGAAUGGAGAAAGUGCAAACACAUCUACCUACACAAAACCUGGAGAAGUGAUGAACCUGACCACGUACAAUAUUACAACUAACUCUGUAUCUCUGAGCUGGGAAACACCAGAGGGAAAUACAAGCUCUUUUCUGAUCCAAAUCCUUGGAAAUUCAAACCUUAGCAAAAACAUGACUUCCAAUUUUACUACUAUUGACGGCUUGACACCGGGAAAUUUUUACACCUUCAUUGUAAGUGCACUCGUUGGAGAGAGUAAUGUGAGAGGAGAGAGUGCAAAUACAUCGACCUACACAAAACCUGGAGAGGUCCAGAACCUUACCACAUACAACAUCAGUACCACUUCUGUAUCCCUGAGCUGGCAGCCACCAGAGGGAAUUUGCUGGUACUAUCUGAUCCAGAUCCUGGAAAAUUCAACAUUCAGCAGAACAAUUACCUUAAAUGACACAACAAUUGAUGGCUUGAUACCUGGAAAUUAUUACAUAUUCAUUGUAACUGCUUUUGUUGGAGAUAGUGGUAUACAUGGAGAAAGUGCAAACACAUCUACCUACACAAUACCCGGAGAGGUGAAGAACCUGACCACGUACAAUGUCACAAUUAACUCUGUAUCUCUGAGCUGGGAAACACCAGAGGGAAAUACAAGUUCUUUUCUUAUCCAAAUACUUGGAAAUGUAAUCCUUAGCAAAAAUGUGGCUUCCAGUUUUACUACUAUUUACGGCUUGACACCAGGAAAUUUUUACACCUUCAUUGUAAGUGCACUCGUUGGAGAAAGUAAUGUGAGAGGAGAGAGUGCAAAUACAACAACCUACACAAAACCUGGAGAAGUCCAGAACCUGACCACAUACAACACCGGUACCACUUCUGUAUUCCUGAGCUGGCAGCCACCAGAGGGAAAUUGCUGGUAUUAUCUGAUCCAGAUCCUGGAAAAUUCAACCUUCAGCAAAACGAUUACCUUAAAUGACACAACAAUUGAUGGCUUGACACCUGGAAAUUAUUACACAUUCAUUGUAACUGCUUUUGUUGGAGAUAGUGGCAUGAAUGGAGAAAGUGCAAACACAUCUACCUACACAAAACCUGGAGAAGUGAUGAACUUGACCACGUACAAUAUUACAACUAACUCUGUAUCUCUGAGCUGGGAAACACCAGAGGGAAAUACAAGCUCUUUUCUGAUCCAAAUCCUUGGAAAUUCAAACCUUAGCAAAAACAUGACUUCCAAUUUUACUACUAUUGACGGCUUGACACCGGGAAAUUUUUACACCUUCAUUGUAAGUGCACUCGUUGGAGAGAGUAAUGUGAGAGGAGAGAGUGCAAAUACAUCGACCUACACAAAACCUGGAGAGGUCCAGAACCUUACCACAUACAACAUCAGUACCACUUCUGUAUCCCUGAGCUGGCAGCCACCAGAGGGAAUUUGCUGGUAUUAUCUGAUCCAGAUCCUGAAAAAUUCAACAUUCAGCAGAACAAUUACCUUAAAUGACACAACAAUUGAUGGCUUGAUACCUGGAAAUUAUUACAUAUUCAUUGUAACUGCUUUUGUUGGAGAUAGUGGUAUACAUGGAGAAAGUGCAAACACAUCUACCUACACAAUACCCGGAGAGGUGAAGAACCUGACCACGUACAAUGUCACAAUUAACUCUGUAUCUCUGAGCUGGGAAACACCAGAGGGCAAUACAAGUUCUUUUCUUAUCCAAAUACUUGGAAAUGUAAACCUUAGCAAAAAUGUGGCUUCCAGUUUUACUACUAUUUACGGCUUGACACCAGGAAAUUUUUACACCUUCAUUGUAAGUGCACUCGUUGGAAAAAGUAAUGUGAGAGGAGAGAGUGCAAAUACAACAACCUACACAAAACCUGGAGAAGUCCAGAACCUGACCACAUACAACACCGGUACCACUUCUGUAUCCCUGAGCUGGCAGCCACCAGAGGGAAAUUGCUGGUAUUAUCUGAUCCAGAUCCUGGAAAAUUCAACCUUCAGCAAAAGGAUUACCUUAAAUGACACAACAAUUGAUGGCUUGAUACCUGGAAAUUAUUACACAUUCAUUGUAACUGCUUUUGUUGGAGAUAGUGGCAUGAAUGGAGAAAGUGCAAACACAUCUACCUACACAAAACCUGGAGAAGUGAUGAACUUGACCACGUACAAUAUUACAACUAACUCUGUAUCUCUGAGCUGGGAAACACCAGAGGGAAAUACAAGCUCUUUUCUGAUCCAAAUCCUUGGAAAUUCAAACCUUAGCAAAAACAUGGCUUCCAAUUUUACUACUAUUGACGGCUUGACACCGGGAAAUUUUUACACCUUCAUUGUAAGUGCACUCGUUGGAGAGAGUAAUGUGAGAGGAGAGAGUGCAAAUACAUCGACCUACACAAAACCUGGAGAGGUCCAGAACCUUACCACAUACAACAUCAGUACCACUUCUGUAUCCCUGAGCUGGCAGCCACCAGAGGGAAUUUGCUGGUAUUAUCUGAUCCAGAUCCUGGAAAAUUCAACAUUCAGCAGAACGAUUACCUUAAAUGACACAACAAUUGAUGGCUUGACACCUGGAAAUUAUUACAUAUUCAUUGUAACUGCUUUUGUUGGAGAUAGUGGUAUACAUGGAGAAAGUGCAAACACAUCUACCUACAUAAUACCCAGAGCAGUGAUGAACCUGACCAUGUACAAUGUCACAACUAACUCUGUAUCUCUGAGCUGGGAAACACCAGAGGGAAAUACAAGUUCUUUUCUGAUCCAAAUUCUUGGAAAUGUAAACCUUAGCAAAAAUGUGGCUUCCAGUUUUACUACUAUUUAUGGCUUGACACCAGGAAAUUUUUACACCUUCAUUGUUAGUGCACUCGUUGGAGAAAGUAAUGUGAGAGGAGAGAGUGCAAAUACAACAACCUACACAAAACCUGGAGAAGUCCAGAACCUUACCACAUACAAAAUCAGUACCACUUCUGUAUCCUUGAGCUGGCAGCCGCCAGAAGGAAAUUGCUGGUAUUAUUUGAUCCAGAUCCUGGAAAAUUCAACUUUCAGCAGAACGAUUACCUUAAAUGGUACAACAAUUGAUGGCUUGACACCUGGAAAUUAUUACACAUUCAUUGUAACUGCUUUUGCUGGAGAUAUUGGCAUACAUGGAGAAAGUGCAAACACAUCUACCUACACAAAGCCUGGAGAGGUCCAGAACCUUACCACAUACAGUAUCACUACCACUUCUGUAUCCCUAAUCUGGCAACCACCUGAGGGCAAUUACUUGACUUAUCUGGUCCAGAUCCUGGGAAAUUCAACCUUUGGCAGAAAUGUGACUUCAGAGUUUACUACAGUUGAUGGCCUGAUACCUGGAAAUUGUUACAUGUUCCAAGUUACUGUUCUUGUUGGUGAUAUAAAAGGAGAAAGUGCAAAUAAGGCUAUCUGUACAAGGCCUGCUAGUGUGAUCCUGAAAGAUGUCUCUAAAGUAAGCAACAGCUCUAUAUAUGUGAGCUGGCUUCUAUCAGAAGGUAACAGGAGUGCCUACCUGGUUGAAGUGGUGGGAGAUCCAUCCCAGAGUUUUAUUCUAAUGUCAGAGUCUGUAAUUAUCACAAACCUAACCAGUAGGAAUCAGUACACUGUGAAACUCACUGCCCUUGCUGGGGAGAACGACCUACGAGGAAUUAGCACUGAUAUUUCAGUACUUUUAUUGCAUAACAUCAGUGCUACAUACAUUUCCAACACCUCAGUGCUAUUAUCAUGGGAACCUAUUAUAGACUUGAACAUUUCCUACAAAAUAUCUGUUUAUGGAUCCCCAACAAGUUAUCUCACCCUGACAAAUGCAACCUUAUUUAUUGAUGACUUAACACCAGGAAAUUUCUAUACAAUACAAAUUUCGGCUUUUAAAGAAAACAUGAUUAUUUAUGGCUAUGGCGGUGACAUUUCACUCUAUACAAGACCAAAUGCAGUCACUAAUACGCAAUAUGGGAAUGUAUCUACUAACUCUGUGGAACUGAGAUGGCUGCAGCCAGUAGGCAAUUUCAGUUUCUAUAGGAUUGAGGUGACAGGAGAUUCGAAAUGGCAAAAUCUGACAACAAACUCAGAGUCAGUGACAAUUGAUGGACUCAAACCUGGAAAUCAAUACACAUUUAGAAUUGUGCCAAUUACUGGACCUGAUGUGCAAGGUGAUGCUUCUGAAAUAACAGUAUUUACAAAACCAGGAAACGUCCAGAACCUGAUCACAUACAGCACUGGUACCACUUCUGUAUCCCUGAGCUGGCAGCCACCAGAGGGAAAUUGGUGGUCUUAUCUGAUCCAAAUCCUGGAAAUUUCAAAUUUUAGCAGAAACGUUGUCUUAAACUAUGCAACAGUUGACGGGUUGACACCUGGAAAUUAUUACACAUUGAUUGUAACUGCUCUUGUUGGAGAUAGGGGUAUCAAGGGAGAAAGUGCAAACACAUCUACCUACACAAAACCUGAAAGUGUACAGAACCUGGCCACGUACAACAUCAGUACCACUUCUGUAUCUCUGAGCUGGCAGCCACCAGAGGGAAAUCACUCAUUUUAUCUGAUCCACAUCUUGGAAAAUUCAACUUUUAACAGAACGGUUACCUUAAACGCCACAACAAUUGAUGGGCUGACACCUGGAAAUUAUUACACAUUCAUUAUUACUGUUUUUCUUAAAGAUAGUGGCAUAAAUGGAGAAAGUGCAAACACAUCUACCUACACAAAACCUGGAGAGGUCCAGAACCUGACCACAUGCAACAUCAGUACCACUUCUGUAUCCCUGAGCUGGCAGCCGCCAGAGGGAAAUUGCUGGUAUUAUCUGAUCCAGAUCCUGGAGAAUUCAACUUUCAGCAAAAUGGUUACCUUAACUGACACAACAAUUGAUGGGCUGACGCCUGGAAAUUAUUACACAUUCAUUGUAGUUGCUUUUGUUGGAGAUAGUGGCAUGAAUGGAGAAAGUGCAAACACAUCUACCUACACAAAACCUGGAGAAGUGAUGAAUCUGACCACAUACAAUGUCACAAUUAACUCUGUAUCUCUGAGAUGGGAAACACCAAAGGGAAAUACAAGCUCUUUUCUGAUCCAAGUCCUUGGAAAUUCAAACUUUAGCAAAAAUGUGGGUUCCAAUUUUACUACUAUUGAUGGUUUGAUACCGGGAAAUUACUACAUCUUCAUUGUAAGUGCUGCUGUUGGAGAAAGUAAUGUGAAAGGAGAGAGUGCAAAUACAUUUACCUACACAAUCCCUUCUGCAAUUGAUAUCUUGAUCAUAGAAAAUGUUACCACCAACUCAGUGUCUCUAAGCUGGGCUAUUCCGUUAGGAAAUAUCAGUUCCUAUAUAAUUCAAGUCUUAGGGACUCCAUCAAAGGAGCUGAUAGUGGAUACUAAUUCUUACAUUGUGGAUCAGUUGGUACCUGGAAACUAUUAUACAUUUGCAGUCUUCGCCACAGCUGGGAAUAUGAAUGGCUCGAAGGCAGAGCAUUCUACAUUCACAGUUCCUUCAGUAAUUGCAAACCUGAUCAAAGACAAUGUCACCACCAACUCGGUGUAUCUAUGCUGGUCUACUCCAUUAGGAAAUAUCAGUUCCUAUAUCAUUCAAGUCUUAGGGACUCAAUCAAAGGAGCUGAUAGUGAACACAAAUUGUUCCCUUGUUGAUCAGCUGAUACCUGGAAAUUAUUAUACGUUUAUGGUCUUUGCCAGAGCUGGGAACAUGAAUGGUACGAAAACACUGAAUUCUACAUUUACAGUUCCUUCAGUAAUUGAAAGCUUGAUCAUAGAGAAUGUCACUACUAUUUCAGUGUCUUUAAGUUGGGCUAUUCCAUUAGGAAAUAUCAGUUCCUAUAUCAUCCAAGUCUUAGGGACUCCAUCAAAGGAGCUGAUAGUGAAUACAAAUUCUUCCCUUGUGGAUCAACUGAUACCUGGAAAUUAUUAUACAUUUAUGGUCUUUGCCACAGCUGGGAACAUGAAUGGCACAAAAACACUGAAUUCUACAUUUAUAGUUCCUUCAGUAAUUGAAAGCUUGAUCAUAGACAAUGUUACCACCAGUACUGUAUCUCUAAGCUGGGAUACUCCAUUAGGAAAUGUCAGUUCCUAUAUCAUCCAAGUCUUAGGGACUCCAUCAAAGGAACUGAUGGUGAAUACAAAUUCUUCCCUUGUGGAUCAACUGAUACCUGGAAAUUAUUAUACAUUUAUGGUCUUUGCCACAGCUGGGAACAUGAAUGGCACAAAAACACAGAUUUUUACAUAUACAGUUCCUUCAGUAAUUGAAAGCUUGAUCAUAGACAAUGUCACCACCAGUACUGUAUCUCUAAGCUGGGAUACUCCAUUAGGAAAUGUCAGUUCCUAUAUCAUACAAGUCUUAGGGACUCCAUCAAAGGAACUAAUGGUGAAUACAAAUUCUUCCCUUGUGGAUCCACUGAUACCUGGAAAUUAUUAUACAUUUAUGGUCUUUGCCAUAGCUGGGAACAUGAAUGGCACAAAAACACUGAUUUUUACAAAUACAGUUCCUUCAGUAAUUACAAGCUUGAUCAUAGACAAUAUCACCACCAGUUCGGUGUCUCUAAGCUGGGAUACUCCAUUAGGGAAUGUCAGUUCCUAUAUCAUCCAUGUCUUAGGGACUCCAUCAAAGAAACUAAUGGUGAAUACAAAUUCUUCCCUUGUGGAUCAGCUGAUACCUGGAAAUUAUUAUACGUUUAUGGUCUUUGCCACAGCUGGGAACAUGAAUGGUACGAAAACACGGAAUUCUACAUUUUCAGUUCCUUCGGUAAUUGCAAGCUUGUUCAUAGACAAUAUCACAACCAGUUCAGUGUCUCUAAAUUGGCCUACUCCAUUAGGAAAUAUCAGUUCCUAUAUCAUCCAAGUCUUAGGGACUCCAUCACAGGAGCUGAUAGUGAAUACAAAUUCUUUCCUUGUGGAUCAACUGAUACCUGGAAAUUAUUAUACAUUUUUGAUCUUUGCUACAGCUGGGAACAUGAAUGGUACAAAAACACUGAAUUCUACAUUUACAGUUCCUUCAGCAAUUGAAAGCUUGGUCAUAGACAAUAUCACAACCAGUUCAGUAUCUCUAAUUUGGGCUACUCCAUUAGGAAAUAUCAGUUCUUAUAUCAUCCAAGUCUUAGGGACUCCAUCACAGGAGCUUAUAGUGAAUACAAAUUCUUCCCUUGUGGAUCAACUAAUACCUGGAAACUAUUAUACAUUUAUGUUCUUUGCUACAGCUGGAAGCAUGAAUGGCACAAAAACACUGAAUUCUACAUUUACAAUUCCUUCAGCAAUUGAAAGCUUGGUCAUAGACAAUAUCGCAACCAGUUCAGUGUCUCUUAGUUGGGCUACUCCAUUAGGAAAUAUCAGUUCCUAUAUCAUCCAAGUCUUAGGGACUCCAUCAAAGGAGCUGAUAGUGAAUACAAAUUCUUCCCUUGUGGAUCAACUGAUACCUGGAAAUUAUUAUACAUUUAUGGUCUUUGCCACAGCAGGGAACAUGAAUGGCACAAAAACACUGAAUUCUACAAAUACCGUUCCUUCAGUAAUUGCAAGCUUGAUUAUAGACAAUGUCACCACCAGUUCUGUAUUUGUAAGUUGGCCUACUCCAGUAGGAAAUAUUAGUUCCUAUAUCAUCCAAGUCUUAGGGACUCCAUCAAAGGAGCUGAUAGUGAAUACAAAUUCUUCCCUUGUGGAUCAACUGAUACCUGGAAAUUAUUAUACAUUUAUGGUCUUUGCCACAGCAGGGAACAUGAAUGGCACAAAAACACUGAAUUCUACAAAUACCGUUCCUUCAGUAAUUGCAAGCUUGAUUAUAGACAAUGUCACCACCAGUUCUGUAUUUGUAAGUUGGCCUACUCCAGUAGGAAAUAUUAGUUCCUAUAUCAUCCAAGUCUUAGGGACUCCAUCAAAGGAGCUCAUGGUGAAUACAAAUUUUUCCCUUGUGGAUCAGCUGAUACCUGGAAAUUAUUAUACAUUCAAAGUCUUUGACACAGUUGGAAACAUGAAUGGCACAAAAAUAGAAAAUUCUACAUUUACAUUUCCUUCCACAAUUGCAAGCUUGAUCAUAGACAAUGUCACAACCAGUUCAGUGUCUCUAAGUUGGCCUAUUCCAUUAGGAAAUAUCAGUUCCUAUAUCAUCCAAGUCUUAGGGACUCCAUCAAAAGAACUAUUAGUGAAUACAAAUUCUUCCCUUGUGGAUCAGCUGAUACCUGGAAAUUAUUAUACAUUUAUGGUCUUUGCCACAGCUGGGAACAUGAAUGGCACAAAUACGAUGAAUUCUACAUUUACAGUUCCUUCAGUAAUUGCAAGCUUGAUUAUAGACAAUGUUACCACCAGUUCGGUGUUUCUAAGCUGGGCUACUCCUUUAGGAAAUAUCAGUUCCUAUAUCAUCCAAGUUUUAGGGACUCCAUCAAAGGAGCUGAUGGUGAAUACAAAUUCUUCCCUUGUGGAUCAGCUGAUACCUGGAAAUUAUUAUACAUUCACAGUCUUUGACACAGUUGGGAACAUGAAUGGAACGAAAAUAGAGAAUUCUACAUUUACACAACCCGCAAGCAUAAUUGUGAACAAUGUAUUAAAGCUGAAUGAGACUUCAUUAACUGUAAACUGGCAGCUCUCUGGAGGCAACUAUAGUUAUUUUAUGGCUGAAGCCUUUAUAAAUCCACCUCAAAUGUUUAACACAACAUCAUAUUUCUUCAGUUUCUAUUCUCUGCCUAUUGGAGAGCUCCACAAAAUAAUGAUCUUUGCAGUUGCUGGAAAUGGUAUUCAAGGGGAAAAAAGUACAGUAUUAUUCCUUUUAUCAGAUACUCUCAACUAUACAAAUGUAUUCGCCGAUUCAAUUGCAUUAGCAUGGAUGUCUCCAGAUGACCAAAAUGUAUCUUUCAUUAUAAAUAUUACUGGAUCUCCAUCUACCAGCUGGGAAGGGUCUGCUAAUCAAACAGUGAUUGAAGGCUUGACACCUGGGAAUCUGUAUACAAUUCAGUUAGCAGCUUACCAAGGAAGUGAUAUGUUAUAUGGUUUUGGAAGUUUAUUAUUACUGCACACAAGGCCCAGUGUGGUUAGCAACAUCCAAGUUAGCAAUGUGUCUACUUACUCAGUAGACCUAAGAUGGAGCCCCCCCACUGGACAACACGAUUACUAUAGGAUUGAAGUUAUAGGAUAUGUAUUUCAGCAGAUGAAUACAACUGUGGAGUCAAUAUCCAUCCAAAACCUCACUCCAGGAACAAAUUAUACAUUCAGAAUCUGGGCAGUAGUUGGAGAUAAUAUUUUAGGAGAUCCAAAUGAGAGUUCUUCAUUCACAAAACCAGCCAAUAUCAACAUCCUGAAUAUAAACAGAAUAAGUAACAGCUCAUUAUAUGUGAGUUGGCAUCUAACUGAAGGCAGCACAACAUCAUAUCUUGUAGAAGUAACAGGGGAUUUACCUCAACAAUUCAAUGUGGAGUCUGAAUCCAUUAAUAUUUCUAACUUAACCACUGGUAAUCAGUAUACGGUGGCAAUUUCUGCAGUCGCAGGGUCCCAACAAGGUGGCAAGUCUGAGUUUUCAGUUUUGUUGUCAGAUACUCUCAGCUGUACAAAUAUAUCAACAAACUCCAUGACACUGCUUUGGGAUACUGUAUCAGAGCCCAACAUAUCCUACACAAUAAAUGUAACUGGUUCACCUCCUUGGAAUUGGUCAAAUUCUACCAGUGAAUUUAUGCUUCAAAAUUUGAUACCAGGCAAUCUAUAUAUAAUUCAAUUAUCUGCUUACCAAGAGAAUAACUUGUUAUAUGGUUAUGGAGGUCAGAUUUCAGUGUACACAAGACCAGAGGAAGUCAAGAAUGUGACAUUUGGGAAUGAGACAAUUAGUUCUAUAGAUGUGGCUUGGCUUCCUCCAAUUGGUAACUACAGCUUCUACAAAGUGGUGAUCAAUGAAGUUCAAAACAUGACCAAUUCAACAACAUGGACUUUCCAAGAACUUACUGCUGGCACCCAAUACAGAAUUCAGAUAUCUGCAGUGGCAGGAGAAGAUGUAACAGGAUCUGCUGUACUAAAUUGGCAAUAUACCAGGCCUGAUGUUAUCCAGAAUCUUAGUAUCAGCUCGUUAAACACCACAAGUGUUUCUCUCUCUUGGCUCAAACCACAAGGUGGUAAAAACUUCUACUAUAUAAAAAUUUUUGGCACCGACAUGAUCAUCACAAGUGCUACGGAAUCAUGCACUAUCCCUGGACUCACUCCUGGAUCCCAGUAUACGUUACUUGUCUAUGCUGUAGCUGGAGAUAUUACAGGCAAUCCAGUCAAUGUUACAGUUACAACUAAUCCUUCAGCAAUUGAAAGCUUGAUCAUAGACAAUGUUACCACCACUUCGGUGUCUCUAAGUUGGCCUAUUCCAUUAGGAAAUAUCAGUUCCUAUAUCAUCCAAGUCGUAGGGACUCCAUCAAAGGAACUAAUAGUGAAUACAAAUUCUGCAGUUGUGGAUCAGCUGAUACCUGGAAAUUAUUAUACAUUUAUGGUCUUUGCCACAGCCGGGAAUAUGAAUGGCACAAAAAUACUAAAUUCUACAUUUACAGAUCCUUCAGCAAUUGAAAGCUUGAUCAUAGACAAUGUUACCACCACUUCGGUGUCUCUAAGUUGGCCAAUUCCAUUAGGAAAUAUCAGUUCCUAUAUCAUUCAAGUCUUAGGGACUCCAUCAAAGGAACUGAUAGUGAAUACUAAUUCUUCCCUUGUGGAUCAACUGAUACCUGGAAAUUAUUAUACAUUUAUGGUCUUUGCCACAGCCGGGAAUAUGAAUGGCACAAAAAUACUAAAUUCUACAUUUACAGCUCCUUCAGCUAUUACAAGCUUGACCAUAGAUAAUAUUACCACCACUUCGGUGUCUCUAAGUUGGCCUAUUCCAUUAGGAAAUAUCAGUUCCUAUAUCAUCCAAGUCUUAGGGACUCCAUCAAAUGAACUGAUAGUGAAUACAAACUCUUCCCUUGUGGAUCAGCUGAUACCUGGAAAUUAUUAUACAUUUAUGGUCUUUGCCACAGCUGGGAACAUGAAUGGCACCAAAACUGUGAAUUCUACAUUUACAGUUCCUUCAGCAAUUGCAAGCUUGAUCAUAGACAAUGUCACCACCACUUCAGUGUCUCUAAGUUGGUCGACUCCUUUAGGAAAUAUCAGUUCCUAUAUCAUCCAAGUCUUAGGGACUCCAUCAAAGGAACUGAUAGUGAAUACUAAUUCUUCAGUUGUGGAUCAGCUGAUACCUGGAAAUGAUUAUACAUUCACAGUCUUUGCCACAGCUGGGAACAUGAACAGCACAAAAACACUGAAUUCUACAUUUACAGUUCCUUCAGCUAUUACAAGCUUGACCAUAGAUAAUAUUACCACCACUUCGGUGUCUCUAAGUUGGCCUAUUCCAUUAGGAAAUAUCAGUUCCUAUAUCAUCCAAGUCUUAGGGACUCCAUCAAAUGAACUGAUAGUGAAUACAAACUCUUCCCUUGUGGAUCAGCUGAUACCUGGAAAUUAUUAUACAUUUAUAGUCUUUGCCACAGCUGGGAACAUGAAUGGCACCAAAACUGUGAAUUCUACAUUUACAGUUCCUUCAGCAAUUGCAAGCUUGAUCAUGGACAAUGUCACCACCACUUCAGUGUCUCUAAGUUGGUCGACUCCUUUAGGAAAUAUCAGUUCCUAUAUCAUCCAAGUCUUAGGGACUCCAUCAAAGGAACUGAUAGUGAAUACUAAUUCUUCAGUUGUUGAUCAGCUGAUACCUGGAAAUGAUUAUACAUUCACAGUCUUUGCCACAGCUGGGAACAUGAACAGCACGAAAACACUGAAUUCUACAUUUACAGAUCCUUCAGCAAUUGAAAGCUUGACCAUAGACAAUGUUACCACCGCUUCGGUGUCUCUAAGUUGGGCUAUUCCAUUAGGAAAUAUCAGUUCCUAUAUCAUCCAAGUCUUAGGGACUCCAUCAAAGGAACUAAUAGUGAAUACAAAUUCUGCAGUUGUGGAUCAGCUGAUACCUGGAAAUUAUUAUACAUUUAUGGUCUUUGCCACAGCCGGGAAUUUGAAUGGCACAAAAACACUAAUUUCUACAUUUACAGCUCCUUCAGCUAUUACAAGCUUGACCAUAGAUAAUAUUACCACCAGUUCGGUGUCUCUAAGCUGGCCUAUUCCAUUAGGAAAUAUCAGUUCCUAUAUCAUCCAAGUCUUAGGGACUCCAUCAAAUGAACUGAUAGUGAAUACAAACUCUUCCCUUGUGAAUCAGCUGAUACCUGGAAAUUAUUAUACAUUUAUAGUCUUUACCACAGCUGGGAACAUGAAUGGCACCAAAACUGUGAAUUCUACAUUUACAGUUCCUUCAGCAAUUGCAAGCUUGAUCAUAGACAAUGUCACCACCACUUCAGUGUCUCUAAGUUGGUCGACUCCUUUAGGAAAUAUCAGUUCCUAUAUCAUCCAAGUCUUAGGGACUCCAUCAAAGGAACUGAUAGUGAAUACUAAUUCUUCAGUUGUUGAUCAGCUGAUACCUGGAAAUUAUUAUACAUUUAUGGUCUUUGCCACAGCCGGGAAUUUGAAUGGCACAAAAACACUAAUUUCUCCAUUUACAGCUCCUUCAGUUAUUACAAGCUUGACCAUAGAUAAUAUUACCACCAGUUCGGUGUCUCUAAGUUGGCCUAUUCCAUUAGGAAAUAUCAGUUCCUAUAUCAUCCAAGUCUUAGGAACUCCAUCAAAUGAACUGAUAGUGAAUACAAACUCUUCCCUUGUGGAUCAGCUGAUACCUGGAAAUUAUUAUACAUUUAUAGUCUUUGCCACAGCUGGGAACAUGAAUGGCACCAAAACUGUGAAUUCUACAUUUACAGUUCCUUCAGCAAUUGCAAGCUUGAUCAUAGACAAUGUCACCACCACUUCGGUGUCUCUAAGUUGGUCGUCUCCUAUAGGAAAUAUCAGUUCCUAUAUCAUCCAAGUCUUAGGGACUCCAUCAAAGGAAUUGAUAGUGAAUACAAAUUCUUCAGUUGUUGAUCAGCUGAUACCUGGAAAUUAUUAUACAUUCACAGUCUUUGCCACAGCUGGGAACAUGAACAGCACGAAAACACUGAAUUCUACAUUUACAGUUCCUUCAGCAAUUGCAAGCUUGAUCAUAGACAAUGUCACCACCACUUCAGUGUCUCUAAGUUGGUCGACUCCUUUAGGAAAUGUCAGUUCCUAUAUCAUCCAAGUCUUAGGGACUCCAUCAAAGGAACUGAUAGUGAAUACAAAUUCUUCAGUUGUUGAUCAGCUGAUACCUGGAAAUUAUUAUACAUUCACAGUCUUUGCUACAGCUGGGAACAUGAACAGCACGAAAACACUGAAUUCUACAUUUACAGAUCCUUCAGCAAUUACAAGCUUGAUCAUAGACAAUAUUACCACCACUUUGGUGUCUCUAAGUUGGCCAAUUCCAUUAGGAAAUAUCAGUUCCUAUAUCAUCCAAGUCUUAGGGACUCCAUCAAAGGAACUAAUAGUGAAUACAAAUUCUGCAGUUGUGGAUCAGCUGAUACCUGGAAAUUAUUAUACAUUUAUGGUCUUUGCCACAGCCGGGAAUUUGAAUGGCACAAAAACACUAAAUUCUACAUUUACAGCUCCUUCAGCUAUUACAAGCUUGACCAUAGAUAAUAUUACCACCACUUCGGUGUCUCUAAGUUGGCCUAUUCCAUUAGGAAAUAUCAGUUCCUAUAUCAUCCAAGUCUUAGGGACUCCAUCAAAUGAACUGAUAGUGAAUACAAACUCUUCCCUUGUGGAUCAGCUGAUACCUGGAAAUUAUUAUACAUUUAUGGUCUUUGCCACAGCUGGGAACAUGAAUGGCACCAAAACUGUGAAUUCUACAUUUACAGUUCCUUCAGCAAUUGCAAGCUUGAUCAUAGACAAUGUCACCACCACUUCGGUGUCUCUAAGUUGGUCGACUCCUAUAGGAAAUAUCAGUUCCUAUAUCAUCCAAGUCUUAGGGACUCCAUCAAAGGAAUUGAUAGUGAAUACAAAUUCUUCAGUUGUGGAUCAGCUGAUACCUGGAAAUUAUUAUACAUUCACAGUCUUUGCUACAGCUGGGAACAUGAACAGCACGAAAACACUGAAUUCUACAUUUACAGAUCCUUCAGCAAUUGAAAGCUUGAUCAUAGACAAUGUUACCACCACUUCGGUGUCUCUAAGUUGGCCAAUUCCAUUAGGAAAUAUCAGUUCCUAUAUCAUCCAAGUCUCAGGGACUCCAUCAAAGGAACUAAUAGUGAAUACAAAUUCUGCAGUUGUGGAUCAGCUGAUACCUGGAAAUUAUUAUACAUUUAUGGUCUUUGCUACAGACGGGAAUUUGAAUGGCACAAAAACACUAAAUUCUACAUUUACAGUUCCUUCAGCUAUUACAAGCUUGAACAUAGAUAAUAUCACCACCACUUCGGUGUCUCUAAGUUGGGCUAUUCCAUUAGGAAAUAUCAGUUCCUAUAUCAUCCAAGUCUUAGGGACUCCAUCAAAGGAACUGAUUGCGAACAGAAAUUCUUCCCUUGUGGAUCAGCUGAUACCUGAAAAUUAUUAUACAUUUUUGGUCUUUGCCACAGCUGGGAACAUGAAUGGCACGAAAACAAUGAAUUCUACAUUUACAGUUCCUUCAGCAAUUGCAAGCUUGAUUAUAGACAAUGUCACCACCAGUUCAGUGUCUCUAAGUUGGCCGGUCCCAUUAGGGAAUAUCAGUUCCUAUAUCAUCCAAGUCUUAGGGACUCCAUCAAAGGAACUGAUAGCGAAUACAAAUUCUUCAUUUGUGGAUCAGCUGAUACCUGGAAAUUAUUAUACAUUUAUGGUCUUUGCCACAGCUGGGAGCAUGAAUGGCAUGAAAACACUGAAUUCUACAUUUAUAGUUCCUUCAUUAAUUACAAGCUUGAUCAUAGACAAUGUCACCACCAACUCAGUGUCUCUAAGUUGGCCUAUUCCAUUAGGAAAUAUCAGUUCCUAUAUCAUCCAAGUCUUAGGGAUACCAUCAAAGGAAUUCAUGGUGUAUACAAAUUCUUCUCUUGUUGAUCAGCUGGUACCUGGGAAUUAUUAUACAUUCCAAGUCUUUGGCACAGCUGGGAGCAUGAAUGGUACAAAAAUAUUGAAUUCUACAUUUACAGUUCCUCCACUAAUAACAAGCUUGAUCAUAGACAAUGUCACCACCAAUUCUGUGUCUCUAAGUUGGACUACCCCAUUAGGAAAUAUCAGUUCCUAUAUCAUCCAAGUCUUAGGGACUCCAUCAAAGGAACUAGUGGUGAAUACAAAUUCUUCCCUUGUGGAUCAGCUGAUACCUGGAAAUUAUUAUACAUUUAUGGUGUUUGCUACAAAUGGAAAUAUAAAUGGCACGAAAGCACCAAACUCUACAUUUACAGUUCCUUCAGUAAUUCCAAACUUGACCAUAGACAAUGUCACCACAAACUCGGUGUCUCUAAGCUGGGCUACUCCAUUAGGCAAUGUCAGUUCCUAUAUCAUCCAAGUCUUAGGAACUCCAUCAAAGGAACUGAUAGUGAAUACAAAUUCUUCCCUUGUGGAUCAGCUGAUACCUGGAAAUUAUUAUACAUUCAUGGUCUUUGCUACAAAUGGGAAUAUGAACAGUACAAAAACACAGAAUUCUACAUCUACGGUACUUCCAUUAAUUGCAAACUUGAUUAUGGGCAAUGUCGCAACUGAUUCAGUGUCCCUAAGUUGGCCUAUUCCAUUAGGAAAUAUCAGUUCCUUUAUCAUCCAAGUCUUGGGGACUCCAUCAAAGGAAUUGAUAGUGAAUACAAAUUCUUUGGUUGUGGAUCACUUGAUUCCUGGAAAUUAUUAUACAUUUGUUGCCUUUGCUACAAAUGGGAAUAUGAGUGGUACAAAAACCUUGAAUGCUACAUUUACAGUUCUCCCAGUUAUUGCAAGCUUGAUCUUAGACAAUGUCACCACCAAUUCGGUGUCUCUAAGCUGGGCUACUCCAUUAGGAAAUGUCAGUUCCUAUAUCAUACAAGUCUUAGGGACUCCAUCGAAGGAACUGAUAGUGAAUACAAACUCUUCCCUUGUGGAUCAGUUGAUACCUGGAAAUUAUUAUACAUUCAUGGUGUCUGCUACAAAUGGGAAUAUAAACGGUACAAAAACUUCAAAUUCUACAUUUACAGUUCUUCCAGUAAUUGCAAGUUUGAUCAUAAACAAUAUCACCACCAAUUCGGUGUCUCUUAGCUGGGCUACUCCAUUAGGGAAUAUCAGUUCCUAUAUCAUCCAAGUCUUAGGGACUCCAUCAAAGGAACUGAUAGUGAAUACAAACUCUUCCCUUGUGGAUCAGCUGAUACCUGGAAAUUAUUAUACAUUUAUGAUGUUUGCUACAAAUGGAAAAGUAAACGGUACAAAAACCUCAAUUUCUGCAUCUACAGUUCUUCCAGCAAUUGCAAGUUUGAUCAUAAACAAUAUCACCACCAAUUCGGUGUCUCUUAGCUGGGCUUCUCCAUUAGGAAAUAUCAGUUCCUAUAUCAUCCAAGUCUUAGGGACCCCACCAAAGGAACUAUUGGUGAAUACAAACUCUUCCCUUGUGGAUCAGCUGAUACCUGGAAAUUAUUACACUUUCAUGGUGUUUGCUACAAAUGGAAAUAUAAACAGUACAAAAACCUCAAUUUCUGCAUCAACGGUUCUUCCAGUUAUUGCAAGCUUGAUCUUAGACAAUAUCACAACCAGUUCGGUGUCUCUAAACUGGGCUACUCCAUUAGGAAAUAUCAGUUCCUAUAUCAUCCAAGUCUUAGGGACUCCAUCAAAGGAACUGAUAGUGAAUAGAACAUCUUUCUUUGUGGAUCAGCUGAUACCUGGAAAUUAUUAUACAUUCAUGGUGUUUGUCACCAAUGGUAAUAUGAAUGGUACAAAAACACAGAAUUCUACAUUUACAGUUCCUUCAGUAAUUGCAAGCUUAAUCAUAUACAAUGUCACUACCAGUUCGGUUUCUCUAAGUUGGCCUAUUCCAUUUGGAAAUAUCAGUUCCUAUAUCAUACAAGUCUUAGGGACUCCAUCGAAGGAACUGAUGGUGAAUACAAACUCUUCCCUUGUGGAUCAACUGAUACCUGGAAAUUAUUAUACAUUCAUGGUCUUUGCCACAGCUGGAAAUAUGAAUGGCACGAAAACACUAAAUUCUUCAUAUAUAUAUCCUUUAGCCAUUUCAAGCUUGAUCGUAUACAAUGUCACCACCACUUCAGUGUCUCUGCGUUGGCCUAUUCCAUUAGGAAAUAUCAGUUCCUAUAUCAUCCAAGUCUUAGAGAUUCCAUCAAAGGAACUGAUAGUGAAUACAAAUUCUUCCCUUGUGGAUCAGCUGGUUCCUGGAAAUAAAUACACAUUCACAGUCUUUGCCACAGUUGGAAAUAAGAAUGGCACAAAAAUAGAGAACUCUACAUUUACAGAACCUGGCAUCAUCAACAUCCUGAAUACAGAUAAGAUAAGUAACAACUCAUUAUAUGUGAGUUGGCAUCUAACAGAAGGCAACGCAACAUCAUAUCUUGUAGAAGUGAUAGGAGAUUUGCCUCAAAAAUUCUAUGUGCAAUCAGAAUCAGUAAAUAUUUCUAACUUAACCACUGGUAAUCAGUAUACAGUGGCAAUUUCUGCAGUCGCUGGGUCCGAGCAAGGUAGCAAGUAUGAGUUUUCAGUUAUGUUGUCAGAUACUCUCAGCUGUACAAAUAUAUCAACAAACUCCAUGACACUGCUGUGGGAUACUCUAUUGGAGCCCAACAUAUCCUAUACAAUAAAUGUAAUUGGUUCACCUCCUUGGAAUUGGUCAAAUUCUACCAAUGAAAUUGUGCUGGGAAACUUGAUACCAGGCAAUCUAUAUAUAAUUCAAUUAUCUGCUUACCAAGGGAAUACUGUGUUGCAUGGUUAUGGAGGUCAGAUUACAGUGUACACAAUUCCUCCAGUAAUAGCAAACUUGAUCAUAGACAAUGUCACCACCAACUCUAUGUCUGUAAGCUGGGCUAUUCCAUUAGGAAAUUUCAGUUCCUAUAUUAUCCAGGUCUUAGGUACUCCAUCGAAGGAGCUGAUAAUGCAUACUAAUUCUUCCCUUGUGGAUCAGUUGAUACCUGGAAAUUAUUAUACAUUCAUGGUGUUUUCUACAAAUGGGAAUAUGAAUGGUACUAAAACACAAAUUUCUACAUUUACAGUUCCUUCAGCAGUUACAAGCUUGAGCAUAGACAAUGUUUCCACCACUUCGGUGUUUUUAAGUUGGCCUAUUCCAUUUGGCAAUGUCAGUUCCUAUAUCAUCCAAGUCUCUGGGACUUCAUCAAAGGAGUUGCCGCCUGUGUAUACAAAUUCUUUAGUUGUGGAUCAGCUGAUACCUGGAAAUUAUUAUACAUUUACAGUCUUUGCCAUAGUUGGGAGCAUGAAUAGCACCAAAACAAUAAAUUCCACCUUAACAGUUCCCUCAGCAAUUACAAGCUUGUUCAUAGACAAUGUCACCAGCACUUCGGUGUCUCUAAGUUGGCCUAUUCCAUUAGGAAAUAUAAGUUCCUAUAUCAUCCAAGUCUCCGGGACUCCAUCAAGGGAAUUGCCGCCUGUGUAUACAAAUUCUUCAGUUGUGGAUCAGCUGAUACCUGGAAAUUAUUAUACAUUUAUAGUCUUUGCCGUAGUUGGGAACAUGAAUGGCACCAAAACAAUGAAUUCCACCUCAACAGUUCCUUUAGGAAUUGCAAGCUUGAGCAUAUACAAUGUCACCACCACUUCAGUGUCUCUAAAUUGGCCUAUUCCAUUAAGAAAUAUCAGUUCCUAUAUCAUCCAAGUCUUAGGGAUUCCAUCAAAGGAAUUGCCAGUGAAUACAAAUUCUUUGGUUGUGGAUCAGCUGAUACCUGGAAAUUAUUAUACAUUUGUGGUCUUUGCCACAGCUGGGAACAUGAAUGGCACCAAAAGUGUGAAUUCUACAUCAACAGUUCCUUCAGUAAUUGCAAACUUGAUCAUAGACAAUAUUACAACCACUUCGGUGUCUCUAAGUUGGCCUACUCCAUUAGGAAAUAUCAGUUCCUAUAUCAUCCAAGUCUCAGGGAUUCCAUCAAAGGAAUUGCUGCCGGUGUAUUCAAAUUCUUCAAUUGUGGAUCAGCUGAUACCUGGAAAUUAUUAUACAUUCACAGUCUUUGCCACAGCCGGGAACAUGAAUGGCACCAAAACUGAGAAUUCUAUAACAACAGUUCCUUCAGCAGUUGCAAACUUGAAUAUAGAUAAUGUCACCACCACUUCAGUGUCUCUGAGUUGGCCUACUCCAUCAGGAAAUAUCAGUUCUUAUAUCAUCCAAGUCGUAGGGACUCCAUCAAAGAAAUUUCUGGUGAAUACAAAUUCUUUAGUUGUGGAUCAGCUGAUACCUGGAAAUUAUUAUACAUUUAUGGUUUUUGCCACCACUGGGAACAUGAAUGGCACCAAAACAGUGAAUUCUACAUCAACAGUUCCUUCAGCAAUUACAAGCUUGAUUAUAGAAAAUGUCACCACCACUUCGAUGUCUCUAAGUUGGCCUAUUCCAUUAGGAAAUAUCAGUUCCUAUAUCAUCCAAGUCUCAGGGACUCCAUCAAAGGAGUUGCCGCCUGUGUAUACAAAUUCUUUGGUUGUGGAUCAGCUGAUACCUGGAAAUUAUUAUACAUUCACAGUCUUUGCCACAGCUGGGAGCAUGAAUGGUACAACAACUGUGAAUUCUAGAUCAACAGUUCCUUCAGCAAUUGCAAGCUUGAUCAUAUACAAUGUCGCAACAACUUCUGUCUCUCUAAGUUGGUCUAGUUCUUUAGGAAAUAUCAGUUCCUAUAUCAUCCAAGUCUUAGGGACUCCAUCAAAGGAACUGAUAGUGAAUACAAAUUCUUUGGUUGUGGAUCAGCUGAUACCUGGAAAUUUUUAUACAUUCACAGUCUUUGUCAAGACUGGCAAUAUGAAUGGCACCAAAACUGUGAAUUCUACAUCAACAGUUCCCUCAGCAAUUGCAAGCUUGAUCAUAUACAAUGUCACCACCACUUCAGUGUCUUUAAGUUGGGCUAUUCCAUUUGGAAAUAUCAGUUCUUAUAUCAUCCAAGUCUUAGGAAGUCCAACAAAGGAACUGACAGUGAAUACAAAUCUCUUCGUUGUGCCUCAGCUGACACCCGGAAAUUAUUAUACAUUUGUGGUCUUUGCCACAGCUGGGAACAUGAAUGGCACCAAAACUAUGAAUUUUACAUCAACAGUUCCUUCAGCAAUUACAAGCUUGAUCAUAGACAAUAUUACAACCACUUCGGUGUCUUUAAGUUGGCCUACUCCAUCAGGAAAUAUCAGUUCCUAUAUCAUCCAAGUCUCAGGGAAUUCAUCAAAUGAACUGAUAGUGAAUACAAACUCUUCCCUUGUGAAUCAGCUGAUACCUGGAAAUUAUUAUACAUUCACAGUCUUUGCCACAGCUGGGAACAUGAAUGGCACCAAAACUGUGAAUGAUAUAACAACAGAUUCUAAUAGCCUGUUUUUAUCAAUGACCUAUUCUACAAUUGAUAGCAACAUACAAGAUAAAAUUAUUCAGCAGGUACAAGAAUUCUUAAGCAAAACCUAUCCGGGUCAGAGAAUAACAGUUACUUUAAAGCAAAUGCGGAAGAUAUCCUGAAGAUAGUAUAUUUAAUUAUAUUAUAACUUAUUUAUGUCCUUAAGAUCAACAAUAACCAGUCAACUUAUAUGAGCAUAUUGUUUGAACCCUUCUUCAUAAAUCUUUGUUGCACACACAUUGUUACUGAGUUAAUGCAUUAAGGAAGAUAAUAAUAUGCUUUGGAAUAUCCUUAUUUUCUCUCUGUAACCUUAAUGCAGUUAAUUUUGUAUUUAUAUACCUUGUUCUUCAAAGGCAAUGCAAUGUGAACAGUGGAAGCUAAAGAUAUCUGGCACUAUAUGCAUGAAAUACAGAAAUACAGUUAAGAAAUUGUUAACAGAGUUUUUGUGAUGUAAACAGUUUGAAUAUUCUCUCCAUCAGAAAGUACAGUUCCUAUCAAUUGACUGGGGUUCUUAUGUUUCUGUUUAAAUAUCCUUAAAUUAUAUUCUGAUGAGGAAAAUUAAUAUAAUAAACCACACGCUUAAGUCAAAAUUAGAAUGCUUUACAUUAUUAACAUAUUAUUUCUAAUACUAUGUCUAAUAGCAAUAAGAAAUAUAAACCAAACUGCAUCCAAACUAUGAGACGUAGAUUUGUUCAGCGUCAGUCACUAUAAUAUUUAUAACAAAACAAUCCAUAUGGCCAAAACACAACUUACAGGGGUUGUAAAGGCAAAAAAUUAAAAAAAGGAUUUUUAAGCUCUUCACCUCAAAAGAUAUCAUCAUUACACUUUUAUUAAAAAAUAUGCAUCAUUUGAAUUCCUUCUCUUGUUUCUCUCUCUGACUGUUGUUUGCUGAAUUCUUGGCCACCUGCAGGCAGCUCCACUACAUGGAAACGAUCAUUCCUCAUCCGAGUUCUAAAAGGCAGGGAGGAAUUGUGGGGGUUGUUUCUCACUGAGGUUAGCUUUAAUGAGAAACAAACACAUGACCCAGGCAUCACCCACUGCAUCCUCACACUGAACUCUCUAACCAAUAAAAUGCGUGACGAUAUCAGCUUGGAGUGAUACUGGCCACAGCUUUAUUAAUUUCUGCAAAAUUCAAUAACAUAACAAAGUAAUAAUAUACAGAUCCAACUUCUCAUUACAGCAAUUUUACAGUAACAUAAAAACAUGUUAAACCUUGCAACAUUGUAACGUGUAUAACAUCCAAAUCAAAUGAGCCCCUGUCAGUCUGCCCUUCCUUACCUGAAGCCUUAUCCUCCAGCCGUAAAACAUCCUGGCUCAGAGGAUAUGCCGCCCCAACCGUAAUUAUCAAAGAGCCUUCACCUUACCUGGAGUGCCCACCAUCACCAUUGAGUAUCUUCCCUCCAGAAUAAUGGUCACCCACCUUAGGGGUUAAACCAUCCCUUAAAGAUAAGCCUCUCUUACCGGGCCAAAUAUUUUCCCGGCAGACUGACAAGGGCCCGCCAUCUGCUGUGACAAAUAUCUGUAAUGGAAGGGGGUGACAUUCCCGUCCUGUCUGUCCCUCCCAUUAACUAACUAUUAACUCAUGUACCCCAACCCUCCUUGGCCACAUGUGUGACAGCUAAGAAGUUACACGCUCAAACCAUAAAACCACCCCAUCUAGGGAGGGCGGGUGGGGAACUUUGCUUUCUUCUGGCUUCCCAUAAAAUGGUGACCAGGUAACCUUUCCUAACUCUAAGAUGGCCACUUACUCCACCCCCCGUAUAGUACCCUCCCCUUUUACUUAAACCCACCUAUGUUGCGCCUGCAGGGAUUGAGCCUGGGUCAUGCCGCCCCUCCUCCGACUUCGCUGUUAUCCAUGGCUUCCUGGAAUCAUCACUACUUGCUGCUUCCAUUCCCUUCACAACUUAGAAGAGGGUUGAUGGUUUCCAUGUAGUGGAGCUGCAACAGUAUAAACAUUUCAGCACACAGGAGUCAGAUUGGGCAGAACUAAACAGCUCAAAACUAAUAGUAGCAGUGGAUUCCUGAUAUUUAAUUACUUCUAGGCUGUACAGUUAGUUUAGUCAAAAACACAUUUUUUAGGUUACAAUAAACUGUGCCUGUAGCGCUCUCUUUUCAGUGCUCUCCCAGGUGCCAAAUCAUUAAAAGUCAGGGCUUUCCCCAUGCUUAUUUGCAAUGAGGAGUUAUUGAUAUCAGAAUAUCUUGCCUACUGAAUGCUAGAACAGGUCUCUACCCAAGAAGAUAUAGCACCAUAGCCUCAUGAAAACACAAAUAGAAGAUACAGUAUCUACUGACCUAAAUGUUCUGUUAUAAGCUUUGUUAUGCUUGUAAUAGAAUUGUAUCACCUACAAAAUAAGGAAUCCUAUCAUAAUAUUAUUUUACAAUUUCAGUAUUAGUUUAAGCACUAUCAACUAAACACUUAGCAAAUAAAAUCAAAGUAUGGCAGGAAAAAUAUUAUUCCGCUGAACACAACCAACAUCAAAAUUGGGAAAACUAUUUAUAAGGGGCAGAACCUGAACACGUCACUGAUAUAUUGUGUGCAGUUUUAAGUGAUUCUUGCUGAAUAUCAUAAGUCUUUGAUUUCUACCUUGCAAAGUUUGAUGUAGAUCUAGGCCACUGAGACCCUAGGUAAUGUGUAAGUCAAAAUGCAAAGUCUACCCAUCUCAGAUUUAGUAUAUAUUCCUGCUCUGCAAAAACAAAUAAUCUAUCUCUAAGCUACGGAACAUGACAAUUACCAAGUAAAAUAAAUCUUAUUGUGACUUUUAUUUUUCAUAAGAAUUCUCCAUCAACCUUAAAGGCACUUCAAGUAUCUUUUUUUACAGAUAUUGUAUUAUUUUAUAUUUAAAAAUAUUCAUGUAUAAUUUGUUACCAUUUUCUGAUCGAAUAAAUAAAGCAAUCAAAAUGUG